AUGCUGCUGCUACACAGUGUGAUGACGUUACAACUCACUUUAACGGUAGCUACAGUCUCUUGUUCGGUAGUGCAUCCCCUAGAAUCAAUAGGGGAAACGUUGAGGCAGUGUCUGGUGUCACAAGUAGGGGGUGGUUUAGGGCAAUGUUUAGGGGUUGGGGCGAUAUCGAAGCUGCAAAGUCUGGAUGCCGAUCCAGAGUUCGAUUUGGUGGACGGUGUUACUCUGACGAGAGAUGGCCAGGAGUACAGGGAAGCUCACAAUUUCGCCGAUGCAGAUCCUUCUAGUUUCAGGACUAUAGUAGAUUCCUUCAGUCACGUCUUCUCCAGAAGGAACAUGCAAUGGGACAUGGGAUUCCUGUAUCCCGGACUUGCCAUGCGUGUGUCGCCCUCUGUGAUACCUGGUGGAACCCUAGAAUUUGUUCUAGAUCAACGCAGAGAAGCUGUGAACGUCCAUUCAUUGAAAGAAGCAGGAACCGGUAAGUAUCCGGAGGGAGCUUAUGGAGAUUCCCUAUACAGAGGGAUGCCAGAACAAGAAAGCGACCAGUUGAAUGUCUACCCAAACAUUGCCAAAUCUUUGGACACCAGUUCUGUGAAAGAUGUCAAGACGAGAGGACGGAAUUUCGCUUGGGAUGAAAAAGAACAGAAAAUCAACGAAGCUCCCAGUUAA